AUGACUAACACCAGUGGGAAAGUGGCAAUGGGUAUGCUAGCUGAUAAAAUGCUCGACUACAUGACCACCAAUAAGUACAUCGAUACCUCUGUGCAAAAAGGCUUCCUGCGCAAGAUGCCAGGAUGCAUAGAACACACACAAGCGCUCAUGGAGGAACUGCGGGAUGCAAAGAGUAAGAGAAGACAGGUGUAUGCAGUAUGGGUGGAUCUUAUGAAUGCUUAUGGGAGAGUACCCCAUGAGCUGAUAGUGUUUGCGCUUCGGCACUACAAGUUCCCAGAAGAAGUGGUCCAAUAUAUUGUCAAGUACUACGACGAACUGGUAGUACGGGUGAAGACGAAGAAGUGGAAGAGUGAGUGGUUCUACUACCUAAUUGGGUUGUUUCAAGGGGACCCGCUUUCUGUCGUGCUAUUCUUAAUAGCAUUCAACCUACUCUUGGAUUUACUUCAGGUCGACAGAACAAUGGGAUACAAGCCGUCGUUCAGCUCUGAGCCAACUACAAACAGAGCUUUUGCAGAUGAUCUCACCCUGCUGUCUGACAGACUCGACAAAAUGAAGAGGCUGGUCGGGCAAAUGGAGGAAUUCUUAGCAUGGACAAGGACGAUGAGAGCUAAACCCAGCAAGUGUAUUGCUCUCGGAAUGAAGGUAGUGGACAAUACCUACAGAUCGUUUGACCCUGAGAUCAUCAUUGCAAACGAGAAAGUAGCGUACCUUGGUGACACACCGAUAAAGUUCCUUGGUCACUGGAUUUACGUCAACCUGGGCCAAGAUGAGACGAGAGAGCUAAUCACCACUCAACUUUCAGGCCAGCUGGAAAAGGUAGACAUGGCGGAGCUCUCUGGACCAAGCAAGUGCUGGAUCUACAACCACAUGCUAACUAGCAAAGUACAGUGGAAUAUUAUGAUAUACAACCUCCCAGUAUCAUUCAUCCAGACACUAGAGGCUCUUUGUACCAGAUACUUGAAGAAAUGGCUUGGAGUUACUACUUCCAUAUCGAAUAGUGUGCUGUACAGAUCAAAAGACCACUUUGGACUAUCGUUAAAGCAGAUCUCCAACCUGUACAAAUGUCUACAGGUGUCCAAGGCCUAUAUGCUGAAGACAUCGGUUGACCCCAAAGUGAGGGAGGUUUUCGAGUACAGAGAAAACACCAACAGAGACAAGAAGAGAUGGGACUACACCAAGGAGCUGACUAAUAGGGAGAGAGACCUCUACUUCAAAGAACUGAUUGGCUACGUGCAGACCAGGGAAGGAGCCGGUAUUGGAUUCGGUGAUCAGAGGAGGAAGAAGAACAAAAAGGAGCAACUGGUGGAGAUAAUUAAGUCUCUGAAAGAAGAGGAGCUCCUUCAAACUCUCUACGAUAAGAGAGUCCAAGGAAAGUUUCUAACCUGGAAGAACACCAUGCAGCUAGACACUGGCUGGCAAAGCCUGCUGUAUACCUUGAGCCCCGAGCUGACAAAGUUCCACCUAAAUGCCAUCCACGACGUUGCAAGUACACCUAGCAACCUCCAGCUUUGGAACUACAGCUCCACGAACAACUGUCCCCUUUGUGGGCGUCAGCAGUGCAACCUAAAGCACAUUCUAACGUGUUGCCCAGUGUCGCUUAAACAAGGAAGGUAUAAUUGGAGACAUGAUCAGGUGCUCAGGGUAAUCGUGCAACCAAUUGCAGAGAAGCUGAGGGAGAUAAACAGUGCUACCCCAAAGACAGAAGUAAAGAGAGAGUGGAGGAAGUUCGUAUCCGGAAAAGGAACCUACAGGAAACCCGAAGUACGGCUUACAGAAGAACCUCAUCUUCUAGAGGAAGGUAACGACUGGAAACUAGUGUUUGAUGAGGACGAAAGGACAAGACAAUUCCCCCAACAUAUUGUCAACACAGCUCUCAGACCUGAUGUGGUAAUAUACUCUAACACACUCAGGAAAGUCAUCCUGAUAGAGCUGACCUGUGGAAACGAGGAGAACUUUGAGGACCAGAGAUCCCGGAAAGAGAAGAGAUACGAAGAGCUAAUGGUGGAGAUCGAGACCGCAGGCUGGGAAGGAUAUCUCUUUACAGUAGAAGUUGGAUGUCGUGGAUUCUACCACCACACAUUACCCCGAAUUUUCAACUUCCUUAACAUCACCCGGGCAAAGAAGAAGAGGGCACUUAACACAACAGCGGUGGUGUCCCUGAAAGGUUCCUACACUAUCUGGCUUAGUCGCUACAACAAGACCUGGAGUGACAACUGGCAGCUGGCUGAAAGACCCUGCCCAGUUUAA